AUGGGUAUUAUAAGGUUCUACAAAGCACCUGGGUUAAAGUCAGGUCAACUUAAAAAUAAAUUUAACAAUCUUGUUCAAAUAUCACAUUUAAUCAAUGGCUUGGAAACUGAAUUGUGCUACUAUAUUGAAACUAAAGAACCUUUAAAUGAUGAAGAAUUGAAAGUGCUAAAAUGGAUUUUAACAUCACCAUUGAAGCCACAUAGUUUAAAAAAUACCAGUAUAUUUGAUGAGAAAUUAAAUAAUUGCCUAAUUAUUGAAAUUGGUCCAAGAUUGAAUUUUUCUACAGCAUUCUCCAGCAAUGCUGUAUCAAUUUGUAGAUCUGUACAUUUAAAUAAAAUAACAAGAAUUGAAGCAGUAACUAGAUACUGCAUUAAACAUAAUGGAACAAUUGACAAGAAAGUUGAAGAUGCUGUAACAGAUGUUCUACAUGAUAAAAUGACUCAAUGCAGAUAUAUGAAUCCAAUAGAAACAUUUGAUCAUGGUUUUAGACCAGAAAACUGGUUUGAGGUUGAUGUUUUACAGGAGGGGAGAACAGCAUUAGAAAAUGUAAACUCAAAAUUAGGUUUGGCAUUUGAUAACUGGGACUUGGACUUUUACACACAUUUAUUUCUCAAUAAGUUAAAACGUAAUCCAACUAGCGUUGAAUGCUUCGAUUUGGCACAAUCUAAUAGUGAACACAGUCGUCAUUGGUUCUUUAAAGGUCGAAUGAUUGUUGAUGGUGAAGACACAAAAAAAUCAUUGAUUGAUAUGAUCAUGGAAACGCAAAAAUACUCCAAUCCAAACAAUACAAUUAAGUUUAGCGAUAACAGUAGUGCAAUCAAGGGAUACAAAACAAACAUUUUACGACCAGACAAGACUUACACUUGUAGUCCUUUUCAUUUGGAAAAUGUAUAUCAAGAUCUGAUAUUCACUGCAGAGACUCACAAUUUUCCAACUGGUGUUGCUCCAUUUAGUGGGGCUACAACUGGAACUGGAGGGAGAUUGAGAGAUAUUCAAGGAAUUGGUAGGGGAGGAUAUUACAUUGCUGGGACUGUUGGUUAUUCUGUUGGUAAUUUACAAAUUCCAGGAUAUGAUUUACCUUGGGAAGAGAAAAAAGUACCAUAUCCUAACAAUAUGGCUUCUCCUUUGAAGAUCAUAAUCGAAGCUAGUAAUGGAGCAUCUGAUUAUGGCAAUAAAUUUGGAGAACCACUAAUAUCUGGCUUUUCUCGUUCGUUUGGUAUGACUGACGAUGUCGGUGUACGACGUGAAUGGAUUAAACCCAUUAUGUUCAGCGGAGGAUUGGGUACAAUGGAUGCUGAUAUGUCUCAAAAAGUUUCACCACAGAAAGGCAUGGAAGUCAUUAAAAUUGGUGGACCUGUUUAUAGAAUUGGUGUGGGGGGUGGUGCAGCAAGUUCCAUUGAGGUGCAAGGUGACAACAAGUCAGAAUUAGAUUUUGGAGCUGUGCAGAGAGGCGAUCCAGAAAUGGAACAAAAAUUGAACAGAGUAGUUCGUGCUUGCAUUGAAAUGGGAAAACGGAACCCAAUACUUAGCAUACAUGACCAAGGAGCUGGAGGCAAUGGUAACGUUCUGAAAGAAUUAGUAGAGCCCGCGGGUGCAGUAAUUUUCGCAAAAAAAUUUGAAUUAGGCGAUCCCAGCAUCAGUACCUUGGAACUAUGGGGCGCUGAGUAUCAAGAAAAUGACGCGAUUCUUUGCAAAUCGGAAGACAGUAAUUUGCUCAAAGAAAUAGCAGCGCGUGAAAAAUGCCCUAUUAAUUUUGUGGGAAUUGUUACCGGAAAUGGGAAAAUCAUUCUUUCUGAGGAGGAUAAUUGUGAUCCAUCAAAAUGUUUAAAUGCAAAUUCUGAAAAAAAUACAAGGCACCCAGUUGAUUUAGAUCUAGAAAUGGUACUUGGAAAAAUGCCUCGCAAGACUUUUAAUCUUCAAAGACAGACAACUCAAUUACCUGCUAUUAAGUUACCUGCAACAUUGACUGUGCAAGCUGCUUUGGAAAGAGUUCUACGUUUGCCUUCGGUAGCAAGCAAACGAUACUUAACUAACAAGGUUGAUCGUUGUGUCACCGGAUUAAUUGCACAACAGCAAUGCGUUGGUCCUUUGCACACUCCCCUUGCAGAUGUUGCUGUUACUGCUAUCUCUCAUUUCUCCACAGUUGGUAUUGCAACUUCUAUUGGAGAACAACCAAUAAAAGGUCUCGUAAAUGCAGCAGCAGGAGCUCGUAUGACCGUGGCAGAAGCUUUGAGCAACUUAGUUUUUGCACACAUUUCAGACAUACAGGAUGUUAAAUGCAGUGGAAACUGGAUGUGGGCUGCUAAAUUAUCAGGAGAAGGUGCUGCAUUAUAUGAUGCAUGCUCCGCUAUGUGUUCACUCAUGAACGAAUUAGGAAUUGCAAUUGAUGGAGGGAAGGAUUCUCUUAGCAUGGCGGCACGAAUUGGUAAAGACGUGGUUAAAGCACCAGGAACACUAGUGGUUUCUUGUUACGCUCCUUGUCCUGAUAUACGACAAGUAGUAACGCCUGAUUUAAAGGCACCUGCAGCAGGAAAAAAUGGUUACGUACUAUUUGUUGAUUUAUCAAACGGGCAAAAUCGAAUUAGUGGUACAGCUUUAGCUCAGGUUUAUGGGUCUCUUGGAAAUGAUGUACCAGAUGUGCAGCAUGCUGCUGUGUUAAAAAAUGCUUUCAAAGCUACUCAACAUUUAAUUGCAGGUAAACUGUAUUUAUAAAAAGUAAUUAAAUAUAAUUCAUUAUAUGUAUUAGCAGGUCAUGACGUUAGUGACGGUGGACUUAUCACAUGCCUGCUUGAGAUGUGUUUCGCCGGAAUUUCUGGAAUGAACAUCAAUAUUUCUCAUAAGUUAGGAUCUCCCAUUGAAAUUUUAUUCGCUGAAGAAGUAGGAUGGAUAUUAGAAGUUGAUCAGGAAAGUCAUAAUUACGUCCUGGACGUAUUUAAACAGUAUAAUGUUCCUGUAUAUUUAAUUGGACUGUCAACAGGAUGUGGAUUAUCAUCCAAAGUAAAUGUCAAAAUACAAGAGAAGAUGGUUCUGGAUUCGACUGUGUUAUCAUUAAUGAAUUUAUGGGAAGAAACUAGUUAUCAAUUAGAACGUCGGCAAACGAAUGUUGAUUGUGCACUUGAAGAAUUCAGUGGACUAAAAUAUAGAAUUGCGCCAGCUUAUAAAUUAACGUUUAAUCCUGAUAUUAGGUCAAUUGCAGUUCAAAAACAUGUGUCCUCAAACAUUGCGGUUGCCGUGAUAAGAGAGGAAGGUAUAAACGGUGAUAGAGAAAUGGCGGCGUCCCUAAUGGACGCUGGUUUUGAAGUUUGGGAUGUGACGAUGCAGGACCUAUUACAAAGUAAGACUACAUUGGAUAGAUUUGAAGGUGUCAUAUUUCCUGGUGGUUUCAGUUAUGCAGAUGUUUUAGGUUCUGCUAAAGGAUGGGCUGCAAGUCUUCUGUUACAUCCAUCUAUUCAACAACAAUUAACAGCAUUCAUUUCUCGCAAAGAUACAUUUAGCUUAGGUGUUUGCAAUGGAUGUCAAUUAAUGACUUUAUUAGGAUGGAUAGGAAAUGAAACUGAUGAUGCUAAAGAAUCAGACGUUUUCCUCGAUCAUAACGCGUCGGAACGAUUCGAGUGUCGAUGGAGUACUGUCAGAAUUGAUAAAUCGCCAUCGAUCAUGUUAAAUGGAAUGGAAAAUAGCAUCUUAGGUGUAUGGGUUGCUCAUGGUGAAGGAAGAUUUACAUUCCGAAAUAAUGAGGUUUUAAAGAAACUAAAAGAGAAUCAUUGUUUGGCUAUUAAGUACACAGAUGAUUAUGGUAAUCCAACCGAACGAUAUCCACUUAACCCUAAUGGAAGUACAGAGGGUAUAGCUGGUAUUUGUUCCGCGGAUGGACGCCACUUGGCAAUGAUGCCUCAUCCUGAGCGAUGUACACAAAUGUGGCAAUGGCCUUGGAAACCCACUGAUUGGAAGAAUAUCGCCUCGCCAUGGCACCGCAUUUUCGACAAUGCGUACACAUGGUGCGUAACAAAAAAUUGA